AUGCGACCACAGAUCAUUUUAUUUGCCAUAGCUUCAAUUAUAUUAUGCUGUCCGGAUCAACCAUCAGAUAUUUUACUAAUUAUUAAAGCAACUUAUUAUUUAUCAGAUACUCAGUGGGAGAUGACAAAAAGUCUGACGCAAAAAAUAGCAAAUUCGUUGAAUAUCGGGAGAACCAAGUCCAAUUCUCAAAUGGCGGUUUAUCUUUAUGACACUUUGAGUGAACCAAAAGGUAUAAUUGAAAUGGGAGCCUAUGGAAGAAGUAGUGAUUUGCUGACAGCGGUAGGAAAAAUGAAUCAAUUGCCGUGCGGCUCGUGGUGUGGAGAGCAAAAUCAAAAAAGCGAUGUUGAGGUAACGACAGUUUAGUUAAAAGUUUUUCGGUGGGACUUCCAGCUUAUAGUGAAAUCGAAAUAAAACGUUUAACGUUUCCUACUCCUCCCCAUUUUUGAAAUUUUUAAAGUUUCAUAUUUUUCCAGCAAAUCUCCUCCAUAUUAUCAAAACAAGUCUUCACUCGCCACUCGAAAAUCUUAAUUAUAUCUGUAGAUUAUAUUGAUACCUAUGGUUUACAAACUCUCAUCUCAUCCACCCCUAACGUAGUCAUUCAACAAGUUCAAAUUCCUCAACCUCAAAUAGCGCAACAGCCAUAUUAUAAUUACUAUCAAGCAUAUUAUGAUAAUUAUCGACGAUAUGCUGGUAGAUAUGAACAAAUUUAUCCAUACAUGCAUGUUGAAGUGCCAUCACAACAAUAUCCAUAUUAUCCAUCUAAUUAUGAUUAUUCUAAUUGGGCUGGUGGAGUGUGUUAUAAUCUUCUUGGUUGUCAGGAAUGCUUGACUCCUGUUGCAUCUACAAACUUAGAAAUUUCAACAAAUUUGGAUUCGAAAAAUGAUUCCAUAAAUUCUGGAGAUUCAAAAUCCCAAGAAUCAGUAAUCAUUAAGCCGUCAAAACUAGAUUCAAAACCAAAAGAAAAGUCUGAAGGUGUAACAGAAGAUGAAGAUUAUGAAUAUGAAAUCACUGCGGACCCACCAGGAUGUAAGUAAAUUUUGAGAAAGGGUUUUAAGUGAAGAAAAAACCAAAUAUAUUGAAUUUUCAGUGAAAAUCAACAAGACUCCGUUGCUCGAUGAGGUUCACGAGAAAAGCAUCAAAGAUGAAUAUGAGUUACAACAAUAA